UACUUAGGGGAUUUAAUGAAUGUAUUCUGUACCAUAUCUAGGGCACUAGAUUUCAAAUUGAAAUUCAGUUUGAGCUCGAGGCAGCGUGGUAGAGGGAAGGCUUUGGCCUUAUUCCAAAUCGGACCAUUUAGUAUAAAGAAGUGCGCUACGAAAGGAGUUGCAGUCGUUCAUUCAGCCGACACGUUAGUGCCCGUGGAGAGGGAUCUUGGAGCGGUUUAGGAUUAGAUCUGUGGUAGGUUAGCGACAGAGCAAGCAUGGCUGGCGAUAGCGAAACGCGGCUUCAGGACCACGGGGAGAACGGCAACGCGGUUAGACAACCUUUCCUCAUCGGCGUUUCUGGCGGUACGGCCAGUGGAAAGUCGUCAGUAUGUGCCAAGAUCAUGGAGCUGCUGGGCCAGAAUGAGAUUGACCAUCGGCAGCGCCAGGUGGCCAUCCUGAGCCAGGACAGCUUCUACAAAGUGCUCACCCCUGAGCAGAAAGCCAAAGCCGUCAAGGGCCAGUUCAACUUCGAUCAUCCAGAUGCUUUUGACACUGAGCUCAUCCUGAAGACCCUUCAUGACAUUCUGCAGGGCAAGACGGUUCACAUCCCAGAAUAUGACUUCGUCACUCAUUCCAGAAAAGACAAGUUCAUAACGCUGUACCCAGCUGACGUGGUCCUCUUCGAGGGCAUUCUCAUGUUCUACACACAAGAGAUCCGGGACCUGUUCCAGAUGAAGCUGUUUGUGGACACAGAUGCUGACACACGGCUCUCUCGCAGAGUUCUGCGUGACAUCAGUGACAGAGGACGGGAGCUGGAGCAGGUUCUGUCCCAGUAUAUCACUUUUGUAAAGCCAGCCUUCGAGGAAUUUUGUCUUCCAACAAAGAAGUAUGCUGACGUCAUCAUCCCACGUGGUGCCGAUAACCUUGUUGCGAUAAACCUCAUAGUGCAGCACAUUCAGGACAUUCUAAACGGCUUUGUCAAGCGCCAGAACGGCUACACAAACGGUACCGCGACUCCUCAGAGACAGAGACGGACUUCAGAAUCAAGCAGACCUCAUUGACCUCACCCUGUCCCUUCCUUUUGCUGAGGAUGGGGAUGCACCUCUCAAAAGACAUGCGGUCCCUUCAUCUUCUUCUCUUCAACAGCAUCAACUGGAAGUGCAGAGAUGUCUGACCGGGGCUGAUAUGACUUUUUAUUUGAAAUGUUCGGUUUACUUUAACCCUUUUAAGGGCUUUCUGUUUGCACGAGUGCUGUCAUCUUUGCCUGUUGUAAAUAAAUGAUGCGCUCUGUUGUGGCUCACAGUGAAAAAACUCCAGAUGUACGAACGGUUAAGACUCAAGAUCUAUGUUUGUGUACGACGCCCUUAUAAACUUGAAACCAGAACUCAGGAAAGGUGACAGUGGGGUCGAGUUGUCCUUCAUGCAAAAAGUCCCACUUGCUUUGAUGCUAGUGGUCAGAUUUUAUUACCGUAGUUUAAUUACUUGACUAUUCGAGGGAUUGUUGUUGUUUUUUUUUUUUUUUUUCUUCAAUAAAGGUCAAGACUUAAUACUUUGAUCACGCAAGAUCCUUUGCUGCUAGGAAUUUGUUCCAUUUAAGGUUAUAGGUUUACAUUUGGAUGCAUUCACAGUGAAGCCUGUAAACAAUUUUGGACUCAACUCAUGCCUAAAAACCCGAUCAUGUUUUAUACUUAAAAAUCAGGGUGAUUUCAUGAUGUCCAGACAAUUACUUGAAUUGUAGCUAGAUCACUAAAAACUUAACCAUGAGUUUGUUUGUUUUUUAAAUUUAUUUGUAGAUAGUUGGUAGAUUAGGUUUUGCCAAAGAAUAUAAGUGUGAAUUUCAUUCACAACAACUGUAUUUGCAAAAGAAAUAAAAACGAUUUGAUAA